UCGCCGCCCCUGCCCGUCCGGUUUCGAGCUUGUUUGAGCAUCUGUGCGUGCAAUAUGUCGGGGACUCCAUCUGAUGAUAUGACUGGUCAAGUGAGGCCUGAAGGAGAUGUUCCGGAUGUGAAAGUGGAAACUGCCGACCAGAAUAAAGUAAAUGAGAUGCCUUCACCACAGGAAGAGGAAGCAGUAAUCAAGAAAAAGUAUGGAGGAGUACUGCCCAAAAAGUCACCACUUAUAUCCAAGGACCAUGAGCGGGCUUACUUUGAUUCUGCUGAUUGGGCUCUGGGGAAGCAAGGAGGACAUCCUCAAAAACCAAAAGGACCGCUUGAAGCACUUAGACCAAAAUUACAGCCUACUCAACAGCAAGCCCGUUCACGCCGAUUUCUCCACGCAUCUGCUGACGGCGAAGAAGGUGCCAAUUCUCCUACUGAGGCUACGAGCCAGAACCAGGAUUCCACCGAGACUGAGGACAAGGCGGAGAACAAGGAAUGAGUGCACAAUGAGAAGCUCCAUGUUUCUUUUUUGAACGGAACCCUGCCAUUUGCUACGAACGCCCAUGCUGUUUUGUUGCUGCAGUAAUAAGUACUCCAACGCCUGUAAUGCUCGCUGAAUUUUGAACCGCGUCGCAGACAAUUGCCGUAUCUACCGCACCUACGCUGUUCUGUGGUCGAUAACCUGUAACAAUUUGGUAUGGAAUUGGGAGCCAUUAUGUCUCGCUGAGUGUCCUAGUGGACAGAAUAAAAACCUGAGAGCCUGAGACUUGUUCCACUUGGUGUCUUGCUGAACCGUCUAUACUGUCUGUUGUCUGAAACC